AAAUACAACGUGCAACAAAAAAAAGGGCCUCCCGCUCAUGAAGACUUUUGAAAACCCUAAAGAGACUCCAUCGUUUUCCCCCCAAACGCCGAUUUCCCGCCGCUCUCACUCGAUUACAAAAAUCCUUUUAGAUCCCCAAAUCUUUCAAUCAAUUCCACAAUCUCUCUCUCUCGAUCCUCAGAUUCAAUCUCUUCAUCGAAGCUUAAAAACCAAAAUCGUAACAAUGAAGGAUAUCUCUAAAUCGCCGGCGAGAAGAAACGACGGAUUCCACCGCUACUUGAAACCAGGAGCGCUUGCUCAGAUCCGUAACUCUAGAAUCAACGCUAGAUCUACUACUACCGCAUCUCUCGUAUCACGCUCCGUCGCCCAGCCACUAGAUCCGAUCUCACCAUCUCACAACUCUGUUGGUGAUGAAGCAGCGGUAGCGGCAGCGCGGAAUCUGACGAUAGAUCAGGUACCACAUCUUCUGAGAAAGAUCUACGGUCCUUAUAGUUAUCAGAGGAAGAAAUUAGCCGCUGCUAGAUCCGUCUCGUCGAUGAUGAUGUUGAGUAUGAAUCCUCCUACUAUGAAUUCAGUUCUUGUUGUUGAACCCAGUAGUAGUGUGUUGAGUAGUGAUGUGAUUGCUCAUUGAUGAUUUUUAAAACUAGUUUCUCUUCCAUAUCUGUAAUCUUAUGAUGUUACAAUUGGGGUAUAUUGUUCAAUACUCAUAAUUAAGAUUAAGACUUAUUAUAUAAUCAUUAAAUUUUCAAAUCAA